GACGCAGCAUCGAGUAGUCGCUGCUUGACCAGUGUGCAACGCGUGGCACGUGACAUAUCAUACUGAAUUACAGAGAGUAAUUGAUUAGGUUCUAUUCUUGUGGCAGAGCGCGGCGAACAUGGCGCUGUUCCGCGGUCUAUUUAAUUUCUUUCUGGACGAUAGUAAGUUAGACGAGAAAAUUGGCAUGACGGAGAAGCAAAAGAGGCUGGUGCAGAACACAUGGGCGAUCGCUCGUAAAGACGAGGUGUCGGCUGGAGUCGCCGUUAUGAACGCCUUUUUCAAACAAUAUCCCGAGUACCAACAGCAAUUUAAGUCAUUUAAGGAUAUUCCGUUUGAGGAAUUGCCAAAAAACAAGAGAUUUCAAGCGCAUUGUGCCAGUAUUAUAUCGACAAUUAGCAAACUGAUUGAGCAAAUGUACGAUCCGGAAUUGAUGCAAGCGUCUCUGAUUAAUUUGAUCGAGAAACACAAAAAUCGCGGACAAACGCUGGAGCAGUUCGAAAAUUUAAAACAGCUGUUGUUAGUUCUUUUUCCCUCGUUAUUCGGGAAACAGUACACACCGGAAGCGCAGGAGGCCUGGAAAAAGAUGUUAGACUUGAUCUUUACGACUAUUAACGAUAUUUACAAGAGUUAAGAUAUUCGCGAUGGCGUAAUCGCGCAAUUCUUCAAUUGUAAUUGAUAAGAAAAUGUGUAUGAUGCAUAUUCUAUACGUAUAGCUUUUUUUCGAAAAUAAUAUUUAUCAAAAUAUUUAUAAUCGCGCGAUUGGGGUAACUUGUACCUAUUUUUUGGGGAGCAAAGUGUGUGGUUUCUACGCGUAAUUUACAUACAAACUAAUUACACAUAACAACUAAUCACAAAGCGCAUAUUUGACUAAUUUUGCGGCGAAGAGAGAAUAUUUGUUGUUUCUUCAGGGUGUCUAGCCGUUCUUAAAAUCCUUCAAGUACUUGAAAUGUUAAACAUCCUGGAAGUGUACUUAAAUUUUUGGUAGAGCCUUGAUUUUUUUUGUUCACUGAAAAAAAAUUGAUUGAAUUCGAAUAAGUAUAUUUAUUUCAAU